UAGGGGGUGGGGGGGGGUUGUAAACCAGUCAAGGAAGGUGGACUAACCAAGGUAACGUAAACAAAAGGUUAAAGGCUUAACGCUAACGAAACGAUACGUUUAACUACGGAGAUACACAAACGAAUCGACAGACGUAGUCAACGUUUGCUGUUAGCGAAAUGGAGCUGAGAGUGGGGAACCGAUACAGACUGGGCAGAAAAAUCGGAAGUGGCUCUUUCGGGGACAUCUAUUUAGGCACAGAUAUUUCCGUGGGUGAGGAGGUUGCGAUUAAGUUGGAAUGUGUGAAGACCAAACACCCCCAGCUCCACAUCGAGAGCAAGAUCUACAAGAUGAUGCAAGGAGGAGUGGGCAUUCCAACCAUAAAGUGGUGCGGAGCAGAAGGUGACUACAACGUGAUGGUGAUGGAGCUGCUGGGGCCCAGCCUGGAGGAUCUCUUCAACUUCUGCUCCCGCAAGUUCAGCCUUAAGACAGUCCUGCUGCUAGCUGAUCAGAUGAUCAGUCGCAUUGAGUACAUUCACUCCAAGAACUUCAUCCACAGAGAUGUGAAGCCCGAUAACUUCCUGAUGGGACUUGGCAAAAAGGGAAACCUGGUCUACAUUAUCGACUUUGGCCUGGCUAAAAAGUAUCGUGACGCUCGCACACACCAGCACAUCCCCUACCGCGAGAACAAGAACCUGACUGGCACUGCACGCUAUGCCUCAAUCAACACACAUCUGGGGAUUGAGCAGUCGAGGCGCGAUGACCUGGAGUCCUUGGGCUAUGUUCUCAUGUAUUUUAAUCUGGGCUCGUUGCCCUGGCAAGGCCUCAAGGCUGCCACCAAGAGGCAGAAGUAUGAACGGAUCAGUGAGAAGAAAAUGUCCACCCCCAUCGAGGUGCUUUGCAAAGGAUACCCCUCUGAGUUUGCAACCUACCUGAAUUUCUGUCGUUCCCUGCGCUUCGAUGACAAGCCUGACUACUCGUACCUACGGCAGCUCUUCAGAAACCUGUUCCACCGACAGGGCUUCUCUUAUGACUAUGUCUUUGACUGGAACAUGCUCAAGUUUGGAGCCAACCGUGCAGCAGAGGAGGCAGAGAGAGAGCGCCGGGACCGGGAGGACCGGCUGAGGCGCAGGAACCCAGUGGCCCGAGGAAUCCCCGCUGCAUCAGGACGACCACGAGGAGCCCAGGACGGAGCCCCGCCCACCCCUCUAACGCCCACCUCACACACAGCGAACACGUCCCCUCGACAAGUGUCCGGUAUGGAGCGUGAACGGAAGGUCAGCAUGCGACUGCACCGCGGCGCUCCCGUCAAUGUGUCAUCGUCAGAUCUAACAGGUCGGCAGGACACAUCCCGCAUGUCCACCUCACAGAUGGUGUCUGCUGUACCCACCGCUGGCCUCCAUCUCCUCGCCCCUCGAUGAGCCCCCACAAUGCACCCUGGGGACAGAGCCCUGUUCACUCAGAAGCAAUCCGACAUACUAAUACUACCAUUCAUCAUCACUACCACAGCGAGCUUCUGGCUCGGGACAAACUGCUUUCUGACUGACUGCUCUCAGUUCUGUUGCCUCCUUCAGACUUGCACACUCUCUCUUUCUCUCUCUCUCCUCCCUCCCUCUCUCUGCUCCCUCCCACCCUCCCUGUUUCUGUGUGUUGGUCCAACCUACCAAAACAUUAAACAGCACCGGAGCUCAUGACCCCCAUCCUCCCACAACCCCGCCCACUGCCACCACCAGAUUCUAAAUGGACAGUGCUUUGACCGGGGCAAUAGCAGCCAGUCUUUUUUAGGACACUGACUGACUGAUGAAACAACAAUUAAGGCUCCUUCCUUCGCCCAAACGAGUGUCAUGGCGGCCCUACAUUUCCACCGUCACUGUCCACUAGUUCAUACCUGAUCAAUAAAAGCGCUUUCUCUCUUUUGUGCAGUAAAGUGUAUGACGCUGAACCAGCAGCUCUUCAUUUUUUUUUUUAUAAAUAUAUAUAUAUAUAUAUAUAUAUAUAUAUAUACACACACACACACAUGUAUGGGUAGUUUUUUGGGGUGUGAUGCUUUUCACUGGUGUUUGCAGGUUUCAUUCCCUCUCAUUUUUCCUGUUUUUAGUUAUCAUGACCACUGAUGGCUCUCUUCAGUAACUAUAUAGCCAUGUGUAUUAAAUAAAAAGAAAGUACUUCUUUGCAUGUUUUAGAGGUGAGUCUUCAGCGUCAGGUGUGUGUGAGACUCGAGUGCUAGUUAAACCCACGAACGUACCAAAAACUUGCUUUGGUAUCUCGGGUGCAGGAGGUUUGUGUAUUCACCCAUCAGUUGGCAGGAUGUUCUGUCUGUUGACCUCCAGCCCCUGGAGUACUGUCCCAUGAGCCCUGUUCUCCUUCUAGUGUUCUGUACAAAAGAAGUGCACUUUACGUGGGGUGGGGCGGGGCGGGGCAAGGGCAUCAUCAGACAUGUUUGACCAGGUGUUCAUUCACUGUGUACAGAUAAACAUUCUCAUUGUUCUUAUUUCUAUAAUUUUCAAGCUGUGAAUAACCUGUAAUAUUGAUGUGUAAAUGUUAGGGAUGGAUCUGAGCAGGACUUUCUAUGCUCGGACCAGGAACCGAGCUGUUGCCGUACAUGUAGUGGUCUCCCGUCAGUCCACCCCCUUCAGAGCCAUGGGGUCAUUACAGAAAGCAGUGCAGGGGGCCACAGAAGUUGCACUGAAUGUGAAAGACAUUUUGUGCGACUCGCUUCGCUCUCAGCAGUAGAGGUUUAGUGAUCCUGCACCGGCAAACUGCGAUGUUGCCACGUCACUGAAAACACAUCCUUUGUGAAUCCUGUAAAAACGAUUGUGGAAAUGAUUCUUUGUUGAGAGGAAAGCUGAACAUCCUUUCACAGCAGCAGUUUUUUUUUUUUUUUUUUUUUUCCCUUUCUUUCCUUUUUAUAAUUAACACAACUGGUCUGAAUCUUCUGGCUUGGAUAACUCUGCCAUGUUUAUCAGACUGAAAUGAUCUGUUGUAGUUCAUUGUUGCUGCUGCUCAUUCUCUUGUUUUGGAUUUUGACCCUUGACCUCUUUGGUCAGACGCUCGACACCUUGUGAAUUAUGUAAGCAACCAGAUCAGCAAGAUUCACUUUCUCACAUUUAUAUUUGCCACUGUAUUUGUGUACUUAAACUGUAAAUAAAUG